CCCAUAAGUACCCAAGUUUUGUAUCUAUACGAUCACCAUCUUAUUCUAAACCACUUUAAUCCAAGUGGGCACUUCUUCUUUCCUAUAAAAAUCCAAUCUUUUAGCGACCCAUCAAUCAAGAUGACGUGGAUAUACUCACUGUUUAGUGGGCCAUCAGGGUUUUCUGCAAAUUCAAGAGCCGAAGAUGUUACAAAUGGGAUUGAUGGAACUGGGCUUACUGGUUGAUAGAAGAUACAAACAAUAUUAUCAUCAAAUGCAGAUAAUUAUAUCAUCAUUUCAAGUAAUUGCUGAAGGUGGAGUAGCAAAAACCUACACAUCACUCGCACUCGAGACCAAUUCAUGCCGUUUUCGGUGCUUGAGAGAUGCAAUCGACAGCCAGGAACACACACACACGAAACUUCCAUCGACCGAUCGCAAAUCAUGUCAUCGAAGGUGGUUUUGAAGACGAAAGGAAAAUCAACAAAAGGAUCAAAGCCAUCGGAUGAUAAAUCAGCAUCGAAGAUCUUGAAAGAAUGGAGCACAUGGACCAUGAAGAAAGCUAAAGUCAUCACCCAUUACGGUUUCAUUCCCUUGGUUAUCUUCAUCGGCAUGAACUCCGAACCCAAACCAUCGAUCUCCCAGCUUCUCAGCCCUAUUUGAUUCGUAAUGAUCUUUCACUAUUUGUCGAAUUAAUUAGAUCGAUUUUGUAUGGAGACAUAAAUCACCAUUAAGGAUUCAAGGUUUACGUUUAUUAUGAAUUUGUUGCUAGUUAAUGUUAUCGAUUGAUGUCGAUUUACAUGUGUUAAUAACAUAGGUUGUGAACUUAUGCUAUUUUGUUGGAAUUAAGAAGUUUCGUGUGAUAUUUUGAGUAUGCUAUGAAGUAUCAAAUCUUAUGUUUUUAA